AUGACAAACGGUGCCCAGACAGAGAUGCCAAGAGGUGCCAAAAACGAAAAUGCCAAAAUAACACUGCCAAGAGGAUUUGUGACCACGGCUUUCACCAGUCCAAGUGCUUUCAUCAGUCCAAGUGCUUUCAUCAGUCCAAGUGCUUUCACCAGUCCAAGUGGUUUCAUCAGUCCAAGUGGUUUCAUCAGUCCAAGUGGUUUCAUCAGUCCAAGUGCUUGCAUCAGUCCAAGUGCUUUCACCAGUCCAAGUGCUUUCACCAGUCCAAGUGCUUUCAUCAGUCCAAGUGCUUUCACCAGUCCAAGUGCUUUCACCAGUCCAAGUGCUUUCACCAGUCCAAGUGCUUUCACCAGUCCAAGUGCUUUCAUCAGUCCAAGUGCUUUCAUCAGUCCAAGUGCUUUCAUCAGUCCAAGUGCUUUCACCAGUCCAAGUGCUUACAUCAGUCUAAGUGCUUUCAUCAGUCCAAGUGCUUUCAUCAGUCCAAGUGCUUUCACCAGUCCAAGUGCUUUCACCAGUCCAAGUGCUUUCACCAGUCCAAGUGGUUUCAUCAGUCCAAGUGGUUUCAUCAGUCCAAGUGGUUUCAUCAGUCCAAGUGCUUUCACCAGUCCAAGUGCUUUCACCAGUCCAAGUGCUUUCAUCAGUCCAAUUUCUUUCAACAGUCCUUCCAGAUUUUGUGUAAUUCCAUGGUUCCAGGAUUUUGUUUCACCCUGA